CCUCAAUUGCUGCACCGUACACCUGCAAAUCCACUCUCACCUCUAGGGGUCGCAGAGUCUGUUGUCACUCAUAAACAAUAAUGUCAAGUCUUUAGCGAUUUAGGUCUCGAGUCGUUCUUGCUUUGAAGCGCUCUCGUCCUCCCACUGACAGACAGGCCCCCCAUCCUAAGCGCCUGAUCUUCAUCAACAACCUAUCUUGAGCUUAAGUACAUAGAGUCUGCAGACCCUCUCUUGUACGUCGCAUGAAAAGUUCUUUUGCCUUAGUAUCACCAUGAGGCUUCCAAUCUUGGAAAGAACCACUGUUUCUCUCGCGAAGAGGGCAGACGACAAGGGCAGGACGACUCUUAUAAUAGUUGCUGCUCUCGUCAUUGGUCUUCUGGUCCUCUCAAUCACCUUUCAUUACUUCACAAGAGCCGCGCGAGCUAGAGCGAAUGGAACAGCAGGCAACCCCACAUCAGUAGGAAGAGGAGGCAUAUGGAGCCGUUGGCCAUGGCAGCAGAAGUCUAAUAGGGGUGCAUACUCUUCGAGCUUGCAAGGAGACGAAUUAACACCUUCGGCACACCGCAGUCAGGCAAGCAUCAAUGCUACUCGCGAUGCGGACACAGAAAUGGCCGCUUCGGCAGCAAACCCAAACGUCCCUGCGGAAGGCGGCGUGGAUCGAAAUACAUCAGUUAGGAGUGUUAUGACCCUUCCUGCAUACUCGCUUGCCGCACGGGAGAAUGAACGGAUUUUAGGAAGGGAGGGAGAGCGUGCGGGGAUAGAUGUCGUCAUCGAGUAUCCAGAAGCCGACGAGGAGGAGGAGGCCCGCAGAGAAGAGGAGAUGAACUCUCUAUAUCAGAUACGAGUCGCUCGAAGGGCUGAAGCUGCGGAGAGAGAAGAACGACGGAGGCUCCGCCGUGAGGCUAGGGCUAGGGGUGACAUGCAGGCCGUUGCAGAAAUACGUCGACGCGCAGAGAGCGCAGCUUCGGAGAGCCUUUCUGCGCAGCUUAUCGCGGAACAUCAGCUUGUCAAUCGUGAGAGGCGGGUAUCAUCCGUGGAUUACCGUAAUGUUGGCCUCGCGACACAUGACGGCACUCGUAUACGCGCGAACUCCAGUGAGUCUGACCGACGACCUCUUCUGGAUUCGGCUGCUUCGAUGGCUGAGAGCCACAGAACACUAUCGACCGAUAUGGGACAUACAAGAGGUCGCUCAGGCUCGUCAGUGCUAUCCUUGUCAACGAAUGCUUCUGACGAGGAUAUGACUACACAACGAACGAUAAGUCGCACAAGUGGCAAUACAGACUUCGAGAUCAUCUCAUUGCGUCAUAGCGACACGCCUUCAGCUAGCCACUCGGCAUACGACAUGACUCCUGGCAGCGAUAUGGGAGUUCAGUCCAUCCCACAAAUCGAUCCUCCAGUCUAUGAUGACUUGGCAAUAGAGGAUGCACCUCCGUACGAGAGCCCUGUGAGCUCAAGACCUCCACCAUUUCCGAAUAUAAGCCAACGUCAUAUCUCUGGAAGAAAUGCACCGCAGCUGCCUGAUAUCGAGCGUUUACCGUCAAUUCGCGUAACCAAUGUUUCACAGGACGCCAGAGCGAACGCAUCGUCACAGUAGCUAAGGAAGAAACAUUUAUGAGAAACAGUCAAGUUGUUGUCUCAAGAUAAGAUUCCAGUUGAAGCGAUUGAGAUAUCUGGCGCAGUUUGGGUAGUCACGAGGUAUUAACGCGUAAAUGAAAGGGCGAGGCAUAGCCUUUGGGGUGCCAUAAUUAUUAUGUGAAUAUUGUUGGGGGCGUGUUCAAUGUGGUCUCAUGUGAGAGAUGUUUGGAAGAUACAGACAUAUACAUUGUUUCUGAGUGGUUACCUCAUUCAAGUUGGAUGUAUCGUUCUAUUAUUCGGAAACGAGUAAUCAAGAGGUGCUCUUCCAAGUCUGAUUCUCAACAGUACAGUACUAGUUCAUAAGUUCCCGAGGUCAUGCCGUUUUUGAGCAUCUCGUUCUAAAUUACUAUAAAAACUCCAUAUGAUUAUGUUACACCCACGUCCCUAAUUAUGUAUAGACUUUAUAAUUAGCUCU